AUGGCUUCAUUACCACGACCGCAGCGUACUAAUACGCAGCGUGAUUAUCUAGCCCUGAACUAUGGCUAUGAGGAUAAUGUGCCAGACGAAGAUCAAUAUUCUGAUUUUCCUAGCCAGGCUACCCCCUUUUCAGAUAGCUUUGAAGCUAUUCAGAACGACCAAACUGAUCUAAGUUUUGAUCAAAUCCUCCCAUCAGAAUCUGCCUCGCAGACUAUUCGAACAGAUCCCGAUACUUCGUCAUAUCUGAGUGCAGUCUCUCUACCAUCAAUCCAAAAACGACCUCGUAAGACUAUAGCUGAAAGCCAGUGGUUAUGGGGUCAUUUUGAUAUUGAAUUGAUUAAUCGUCCCUGGAUGACUCGUGCUAAGAAAGCAAAAGCCAAAGAUCGUCUUAUCAACUGCAAAGAAUGCAAUUGGGAAACGUCUGACUCUGCUCGAUCAGGAUCGACUAAGAAUAUGCAGCUUCAUCUUGAAAACCAGCAUGCUAUUAAAGCACCCCUCUCUCUAUCUUCCGAUUCAACAAGGCAACCUUCGAUUAUUGCGGCGUUGAAUAAGAAGCCAAAGCUAUCAACAAUAGCUCAGUUUCAGGAGAAUAUCCUUCGAUGGAUAGUCAAGGAAAAGAUGGCCUUUACUACUAUCGAAGCACCCUCAUUUCACCAAAUAUUCGUCGAUUUAUCAAUUCCGGAGCUUGAUAUUGCACUAUUUUCACGAACUACAUUGAAACGAAAGCUUGAAGCGGAAUUCAGGCGUCAACGUGAGAUAUUGAAGAUAGAGCUUGCCUCAACAUGCAGAUCUAUUGCACUAUCUCUAGAUAUAUGGACAAGCUCAAACCAUAUCUCGAUUAUCGGUAUUAUCGGACACUGGCUUACACCGGACUUUAUUUAUAAGGAAAGGGUGCUUGAAUUCAAAGAGCUACGAGGGACUCAUAGUGGUGAAAAUAUUGCUCAGGCAGUAUUUGGUAUGCUACAAGAGCUUAAUCUUCAGCAAAAGCUACUCACAAUUACUGGUGAUAAUGCCAGUAAUAAUGAAGCUAUGGUUAUAUUCCUUCACGAUCUCCUCAAGACUCAGUGUCAAGAGCCUCAAUUCCUUGGUCUUGAUAGCUAUAUCCGUUGUCUUGCUCAUAUCUUGAAUCUUAUUGUGAAAGAUAUCCUUCGUGCAUUGAAAUCUGGCACAAUUCAUGAAGCUUCGGAGAUCUGUAAUCACUUAGAUAAUCAAGAUCUAUCUACAGAGAGUGCCCUGUCACGUAUUCGAAUCCUUGCAAUAUGGAUCAGCCGAAGCAACCAACGACGAGCUUCAUGGAGAAGUGUGUGUGCUUUGAUGAAGCUUCCUGAUCGAUAUAUCCCAUGUGAUAUUGAUACACGAUGGAAUUCGACAUUUUUGAUGCUAGAUACAGCUCUAGAAUCACAGCCACAGAUCAAUCGGUAUCUGGAAUUGCAGACCGAGCUUCCUCAUUUCACCAAGCAAGACUGGCGUCGUCUCUCGCAGAUACACCAAGUCCUCAAACGAUUUUAUAAUCUGACACUAUUUGUGUCUCGAAAGUAUCCUCAAAUCAGUAUGGCUAUCCCAAUCUACUACGAGCUUCAUGAUUUACUUAAUCAAGGAGCUGAAAGACAAGGAGUAUUUGCGGAUAUAGAUGAUGAUAUUGCGGGUGCAAUAUAUCGUGGGCUUGUGAAGUAUGAGAAGUAUUAUACCUUUAUGGAUGAGACUGAUGCUUAUUAUACUGCAUUAAUUCUUGAUCCAAGAAUGAAGGGUGAUCUUCUGCUUCAUGAGGUGUCUGGUCAUGGGGCUGGACAAAUAAUUAUUGACACGAUUCGUGACAAUAUACGUCAGAGGUAUCAUCAUAAGCCGAUUGAAGAAGACUCUAUACCCUCUAUUGAUCCUAUACUAUUACAGGAUCAUGAUGAUCCUGAGGUUAGGAUGCUGCAGCGAUUGGCACCAAUUGCAAAAAAGGUAGUUGGAUCUGAUAUUGAUGAGUAUUUCACAUCACCGCGAAUUGAUAUUAAACCAUCUGGGGAUCGGGAGUGGUUGGUUAAAUGGUGGGGGGGAUCGUCGUGA